AUGUCGCAAAACUGGCCAGGACCCCCACCCAUGUUCGACGGUCCCGUUCCGCCUGCAGAAAAGCCGGACCCCAACAAUCACCUCCAAUAUAUGCUACUAGCGUUAGAUCAGGCUCAAGAAUCACCACCAAAGCCAUCAAACUUCCGUGUUGGCGCGUUGCUCGUUGAUGCUGAUACGGGAGCUAUCCUAUCACGUGGCUACACACUGGAAUGCGAAGGCAACACGCAUGCUGAACAAUGCUGUCUGCUCAAAUAUGCUCAGGCACAUGACUUGCCAGAAGAACGAGUAGGCGAGGCAUUACCACCAAACACGGUCAUAUACACAACCAUGGAGCCCUGCAACUUGCGACUGAGCGGAAACCUGCCAUGCGUCGACCGAAUCAUAAGGACGACUUCGCUGAAUGGCGACAGAACGAUCAAGAGGGUGUAUCUUGGUGUGCAAGAGCCCGAGAAGUUCGUGGGCGAGAACGAAGGAAGGAAGAAGUUGGAGCAAUAUGGCAUUGAAUGCAUACAUGUGCCGGGACUGGAGGAGCGCAUUUUGCACAUUGCGACGGCUGGACACGAGCAAUGA